CGAGCCCACUAUGCUGAAUCAAGAACUUUUGUUAAACACAUGCCUACAUGGAUAGAAAUGGGCCAAGCUCAAAAGGAUGUGAUGAAGGAGACCCAAUUGGACAACGCAGGAGGAAAGAGCGGGAGGAAAACUGAUCUGAUUUCCCACAUCAACAGAAAUAGAAACUAA